GGCGCGCGGGGAACUUUCGCGCCGGCUGCGAGUGCGGGGCCCCGGCUGCGGUCCGGCUGCCAUGGAUCCGCCGGCGGGAGCCGCUCGCCGCCUGCUCUGCCCCGCGCUGCUGCUGCUACUGCUGCCGCUCCUGCUACCGCCGCUGCCCGCGCACGCCCGGCUCGCCGCCGCCGCCGACCCCCCAGGCUGGCCCCAGGGGCACGGAGCGGAGCGCAUCCUGGCGGUGCCGGUGCGCACUGACGCUCAGGGCCUCUUGGUGUCCCACGUGGUGUCGGCGGCGACGGCGCAGGCUGGGGUACGGGCCCGCAGGGCCGCCCCUGUCCAGAUCCCGGGUUUCUCCGGAGGCAGCGAGGAGGACGCUGGCGGCCGCCUCUUCUACAAUGUCACGGUCUUCGGCCGAGACCUGCACCUGCGGCUGCGGCCCAAUGCCCGCCUCGUGGCGCCCGGGGCCACGGUGGAGUGGCAGAGCGAGUCGGGCGCCACCCGCGUGGAGCCCCUGCUUGGGACCUGCCUCUACGUCGGAGACGUGGCCGGCCUGGCUGAAGCCUCCUCUGUGGCGCUCAGCAACUGCGACGGGCUGGCUGGCCUGAUCCGUAUGGAGGAGGAGGAGUUCUUUAUCGAGCCCCUGGAGAAGGGUCUGGCGGCAAAUGAGACUGAGCAGGGCCGUGUGCAUGUGGUGUAUCGCCGGCCGCCCACCUCCAGACUCCCUCCUCUGGGGGGGCCACAGGCCCUGGACACAGGGAUCUUCCCGGGUAGCCUGGACAGCUUCAGCCGUGCCCUGGGCAUCCUGGAGGAGCGAGUCAACAGCUCCAGGCAGAGGGUGCGCAGACAUGCUGCCGACGACGACUACAACAUUGAGGUCCUGCUGGGGGUGGAUGACUCUGUGGUCCAGUUCCACGGGAAGGAGCAUGUGCAGAAGUACCUGCUCACCCUCAUGAACAUUGUCAAUGAAAUUUAUCACGAUGAGUCCUUGGGGGCCCACAUCAAUGUCGUCCUGGUGCGGAUAAUCCUGCUGAGCUACGGGAAGUCCCUGAGCCUCAUUGAGAUUGGGAACCCCUCUCAGAGUCUGGAGAACGUUUGCCGCUGGGCCUACCUCCAGCAGAAGCCAGACUCCGGCCACGAUGAGUACCAUGAUCAUGCCAUAUUCCUCACACGGCAGGACUUCGGGCCUUCAGGCAUGCAAGGCUAUGCUCCUGUCACUGGGAUGUGCCACCCUGUCCGCAGCUGCACCCUGAACCACGAGGACGGCUUCUCCUCAGCGUUCGUGGUGGCCCACGAGACUGGCCACGUGCUGGGCAUGGAGCAUGAUGGGCAGGGCAACCGCUGCGGUGAUGAGGUGCGGUUGGGCAGCAUCAUGGCGCCCCUGGUGCAGGCAGCCUUCCAUCGCUUCCACUGGUCCCGCUGCAGCCAGCAGGAGCUGAGCCGCUACCUGCACUCCUAUGACUGCCUGCGGGAUGACCCCUUCACCCACGACUGGCCAGCGCUGCCCCAGCUCCCGGGGCUGCACUACUCCAUGAACGAACAGUGCCGCUUUGACUUCGGCCUUGGCUACAUGAUGUGUACCGCGUUCCGGACCUUUGACCCUUGCAAGCAGCUGUGGUGCAGCCACCCUGACAACCCUUACUUUUGCAAGACGAAGAAGGGGCCUCCCCUGGAUGGGACCAUGUGUGCACCUGGCAAGCACUGCUUUAAAGGACACUGCAUCUGGCUGACACCUGACAUCCUCAAGCGAGAUGGCAACUGGGGCGCCUGGAGUCCCUUCGGCUCCUGCUCACGUACCUGCGGCACAGGUGUGAAGUUCAGGACCCGUCAGUGCGACAACCCACACCCAGCCAAUGGGGGCCGCACCUGCUCAGGCCUUGCCUACGAUUUCCAGCUCUGCAACUCCCAGGACUGCCCUGACGCCCUGGCUGACUUCCGUGAGGAGCAGUGCCGGCAAUGGGACCUAUACUUCGAGCAUGGUGACGCCCAGCACCACUGGCUGCCCCACGAGCACCGGGAUGCCAAAGAGAGAUGCCACCUCUACUGUGAAUCCAAGGAGACUGGGGAGGUGGUGUCCAUGAAGCGCAUGGUGCAUGAUGGGACGCGCUGUUCUUACAAAGACGCCUUCAGCCUCUGCGUGCGCGGGGACUGCAGGAAGGUGGGCUGCGACGGGGUGAUCGGCUCCAGCAAGCAGGAGGACAAGUGUGGUGUGUGUGGAGGGGACAAUUCCCACUGCAAGGUGGUCAAGGGCACAUUCACACGCUCGCCCAAGAAGCUCGGUUACAUCAAGAUGUUUGAGAUCCCGGCAGGAGCCAGACACCUGCUUAUCCAGGAGGCAGACACCACCAGCCACCACCUGGCCGUCAAGAACCUGGAAACAGGCAAGUUCAUUUUAAAUGAAGAGAAUGACGUGGAUCCCAACUCCAAAUCCUUCAUUGCCAUGGGUGUGGAGUGGGAGUACCGGGAUGAGGAUGGCCGGGAGACGCUGCAGACCAUGGGCCCCCUCCACGGGACCAUCACUGUGCUGGUCAUCCCGCAGGGGGACGCCCGCAUCUCGCUGACCUACAAAUACAUGAUCCAUGAGGACUCGCUCAAUGUGGACGGCAACAAUGUCCUGGAGGACAAUUCCGUGGGCUACGAGUGGGCCCUGAAGAAGUGGUCUCCCUGCUCCAAGCCCUGCGGUGGAGGGUCCCAGUUCACCAAGUAUGGCUGCCGCCGGAGGCUGGACCACAAGAUGGUGCACCGAGGCUUCUGCGACUCCCUCUCGAAGCCUAAAGCCAUCCGCCGGGCUUGCAACCCACAGGAGUGCUCCCAGCCCGUGUGGGUCACGGGCGAGUGGGAGGCAUGCAGUCAGAGCUGUGGGCGGACGGGCAUGCAGGUUCGCUCUGUGCGCUGCGUUCAGCCCCUGCACAACAACACCACCCGCUCCGUGCACACCAAGCACUGCAAUGACGCCCGACCCGAGGGCCGCCGGGCCUGCAACCGUGAGCUCUGUCCCGGUCGGUGGCGGGCCGGACCCUGGUCCCAGUGUUCGGUAACCUGUGGCAACGGCACCCAGGAACGGCCGGUGCUCUGCCGAACCAUGGACGACAGCUUCGGUGUCUGCCGGGAGGAGCGGCCUGAGACGGCCAGGAUCUGCAGGCUUGGCCCCUGUCCCCGAAACGUCUCCGAUCCCUCCAAGAAGAGCUACGUAGUUCAAUGGCUGUCCCGACCAGACCCCAACUCACCAGUCCAGAAGACCUCGUCAAAGGGCCGCUGCCAAGGUGACAAGUCAAUGUUCUGUAGGAUGGAAGUCUUGUCUCGCUAUUGCUCCAUCCCAGGCUACAAUAAGCUGUGCUGCAAAUCCUGUAACCUGCAAGACAACCUCACCAAUGUGGACGACAGGGCAGAACCACCCUCUGGGAAGCACAAUGACAUUGAAGAGCUCAUGCCCACCCUCCCAGUGCCCACUCUAGUCAUGGAGGUGCAGCCUCCGCCAGGCACACCCCUGGAGGUGCCUCUCAAUACUUCCAGCACCAGUGCCACCGAGGACCAUCCGGAAACCAAUGCUGUGGAUGUGCCCUACAAAAUCCAGGGCCUGGAGGAUGAAGUCCAGCCACCCAACCUAAUCCCUCGACGACCGAGCCCAUACGAAAAGACCAGGAACCAAAGAAUCCAAGAGCUCAUUGAUGAGAUGAGGAAGAAAGAGAUGCUCGGAAAGUUCUAAUAAAAUGGAAA